AUGAAUGACUCCAACGACUCUGAUGAUGCCACUGGCAUCGCAGCUUAUCUUGCAUCAUUGCUGGAAGAGCGGCUCUCUGUCAUCGAGUCAGUAUAUUUACAGUCGCCUAGAAAUAUCCAAAUAAUUCUCCGACGCCAACUGGGAAGGAACCUUGGUAAGAAGGAAGAAGGUGGUCAUCAGCCAGUCUGUCGCAUCCAGGGCGAACAAGCCCUGCUAGAGGCAUUGCGCCUGCUACCUUUCGCAGAUGCUCUAUUCACACUCGCUCGCAUUUAUGACGCGGGCCAUAUUGCGCUCUGCAAAGACUACGGCUCAGCGAAAAAGGGCAAACCUCAUAAUGUUCAUUUUGUCAGAGAUCCAUGCAUUGAUGUCAGCCGCCUCACAGAAGGAAUUCUACAAGACCAACAAAAGCGCCAUGAUGAAAUCAGACUAGUCACCGGUGAUGGGCUGCCAAAUGUUCUCGAGGCUACUUGGAUACCGGUCGCUACAAUGAACUUCGAUCAUCUGCCAACCCUUGAGUCCCUCUCGGAAAUACUGCCUGGUGAAGUCUCUCCCGGUAAGGAAUAUGCUGGCAUUGGAGGCGGGGGAGGCUCAGACAUAAUUAGUGCAAGUCUCGUGGGCCAUCUUCUUCGGCGAAAUGGCAAAGAAAUGGACCUUCUCGUCUCCACCCGAACAUGGCGAACCGGUUCACAAGGCAAGGCAGGCUCGAAAAUAGGCGUCAAGCGCGAAGUGCAACAUCACGGCGGACCUGCAAUGCUAGCUGGCAAUGCUAUUGCGGGGACCUAUCAUAUAACACCGGAGACCUCGACGGAAGGCCGCGACCUCGAAACAGUCCCUAUUCAGCACCAUAACAACAUUUAUAUCGUCCUCGACCAAGGUGAGGAGCCAGAUGGAAUUCCUGAGGACGAAAAGGCAGAUCUGCCUCAACAAUUUCGCGCUGUUUUGUCACAAUGCUCCAAGUUGGACACGGUCAUCGUUGUCGACACAGGCGGAGAUGUAUUCGGUGGUGACUUUGUAGGAUUCAGCACGCCUGACCAAGAUGUGAGAGUUCAGCGCGCGGUAGCCCAACUCCGCAACACGUAUCCAAAUCUGGUGACCGCGGUGCUGGCUCCGGGUGUGGACGCGCCUGCUGAUGCGCCAGAGAAGGCUAAGCUGGCUGGUGGCAAAAUCUACAAAUUGACCGCCGAAGAGCGGGAUCUCUUGCUCGAUAUCCUCAGUGGUGAAUAUCGGAUGGACGGCUCGGACCCAGAUCGAUUUGGCAAGACAAAUCUUUGUCUCCAGGCGGCAUUGAAGGGUGAGCGAGGCUGGACGUGUUUGGAUCUUCCCACGCAUGUCCUGGAUACAUGGGACAACCCGUGGAGCUGUUUCGCAUAUGUCCGGGAAUGCAUGUGCGACCUUAUACUGAUGCCGCUGCAGGAUCUGUUGCCCCUGAUUGAUCCGGGAGCAGUGUGA